AAAAUUGAAAAAAAAAAAACAGCAGCAACGCGUUUUCUCUCGUCUGUCUUAAACUUAAGCCUUCUCUCUCUUCUUCUUGACUCUCUCUCUCUCUCUUCUUCAAGCUGCCCCAAAAAAAUUAGGGUUAGGGCUAGGGUUUUUGGGUCUCAAAACCCCAUUUCUUGAUUCUUGAUUUUCCAUAAGUGGAAUUAAGUUGUGUUUUUUUUGCAUUUUAGAGGACCCUUUUGGGGUUAUAGUAAUGGGUCGUUGUUGUUUUGUCAUCAAGUGGUACAGAUAUCAGUUUUUUUCCAUUAUUUUUGCUUUCUUUUUAGCUCAUGGUUAUGUAGUUUCAUCAGAUUCAGAUAAAUCAGCUCUUUUGGAGUUAAAGGCUUCACUUUUAGACCCUUUUGGAGUGAUUUCUAGCUGGAGAAAUAACACUGAUCACUGUUCUUGGUUUGGUGUGUCAUGUGAUGGAAGUAGCUCAAGUGUUGUUGCUUUGAACAUCAGUGGAGGUAAUUUGGGUUCUUUGUCUUGUGCUAAAAUUGCUCAAUUUCCUUUAUAUGGUUUUGGAGUUAAAAGGGUUUGUGCUUAUAAUAAUAAUAAUAAUAGUGUUAAGCUUGUUGGUAAAGUACCUGUUGCAAUUUCAAGAUUGACUCAACUAAAGGUUUUAUCUUUGCCUUUUAAUGAAUUGAGUGGUGAAAUUCCUUUGGGGAUUUGGGGUAUGGAGAAUCUUGAAGUUUUGGAUCUGGAAGGGAAUUUGGUUAGUGGGUAUUUGCCAUCUGAGUUUAAGGGGUUGAGGAAAUUGAGGGUUUUGAACUUAGGCUUUAAUAAGAUUGUUGGUGGUAUUCCUGAUUCGUUGUCGAAUUGUGUUGCUUUGCAAAGCUUGAAUCUUGCUGGAAAUGGAGUGAACGGGAGCAUUCCCGCGUUUGUUGGUGGAUUUGGAGAUCUGAGGGGAAUGUACCUGUCGUUUAAUCAGCUUACCGGGUCUAUUCCCGGUGAGAUCGGGCGUUCUUGUGAGAAGCUUGAAGUUCUAGAGAUGGCGGGUAAUUUCUUAGUUGAGGCUGUUCCGAAAAGUUUAGGGAAUUGCAGACGGUUGCAGUCGCUUGUAUUGUAUUCAAAUUUGUUGGAAGAGGGUAUUCCAGCUGAACUUGGUCAAUUAACUGAGCUCAAGAUUCUUGAUGUGUCUAGGAACAGCCUAAGUGGGCCGAUACCAUCUGAGCUAGGAAACUGCUCCAAACUAUCCAUUCUUGUACUGUCAAAUUUGUGGGAUCCUCUUCCAAAUGCGUCUGACGCUUCUGAAAGAUUGGCUUAUACUACUGAUGAGUACAACUUUUUUGAAGGCACAAUCCCAUCAGAGAUUACAAGGCUUCCUAGUUUGAGGAUGAUAUGGGCUCCUAGGUCAACUCUUUCAGGAAAAUUUCCUGGUAGUUGGGGUGCUUGUGACAGUUUGGAGAUGGUGAAUUUGGCUCAAAAUUAUUAUACAGGAGAGAUCUCUGAGGAAUUAGGUAGCUGUCAGAAGCUGCGUUUUCUUGACUUGAGCUCAAAUAGGCUGACUGGACAGCUUGUUGAGAAACUGCCAGUUCCUUGCAUGUUUGUGUUCGAUGUGAGUGAGAAUUAUCUCUCUGGUUCACUUCCAAGUUUUUCCAAUUACAGUUGUGCUGCUCAUAGCGGUGGAGAUCCAUUUGAUACAUCAUCUGCAUAUCUAGCGCAUUUCACCAGUAAAAGUGUUCUGGACACUACUACAUUGUUUGGAGGUGAUGGUGACCAUGCAGUAUUUCAUAAUUUCGGCGGUAACAACUUCACGGGAAAUUUACCGCCUUCCAUGCUUAUUGCACCUGAAAUGUUAGGCAAGCAAAUUGUUUACGCAUUUCUUGCUGGUGGUAACAGGUUUACUGGACCUUUUCCUGGUGACUUGUUCGUGAAAUGUCAUGAAUUGAAAGGUAUGAUUGUUAAUGUAAGCAAUAACGCAUUGUCUGGUCAAAUUCCAGAGGAUAUUGGUGCACUCUGUGGGUCUCUUAAGCUGUUGGAUGGCUCCAAAAAUCAGAUUGGUGGAACAAUUCCUCCGAGUAUAGGGAAUCUGGUUUCUUUGGUUGCUCUUAAUUUAAGUUGGAACCUUCUACGAGGCCCGAUUCCUAGCAGCCUUGGCCAGAUAAAGGAUCUCAAUUACCUCUCUUUAGCUGGCAAUAAACUGGUUGGCUCCAUCCCCUCAAGUUUCGGGCAAUUGCACUCUUUAGAAGCGCUUGAACUUUCUUCGAAUUCUUUGACUGGUGAAAUUCCAAACAAUCUGGUGAAUUUGAGGAAUUUGACUGCCCUUCUUCUCAACAACAACAAUUUGUCAGGGAAAAUACCUUCAGGAUUGGCCAAUGUGACCACACUGGCAGCAUUUAAUGUGUCCUUCAAUAAUCUGUCUGGGCCACUGCCUCUUAACAAAGAUUUGAUGAGAUGCAAUAGUGUUCAGGGUAAUCCCUUUCUGCAACCUUGCCGUGCAUUAUCUCUAUCAACACCUUCUACGGAUCAGCAGGGCAGAAUAGGGGACUCACAAGAUUCUGCUGUGUCUCCGUCAGGUUCAUCAACCCAAAAAGGAGGGAGUAGUGGUUUCAACUCGAUAGAGAUUGCAUCCAUAACGUCUGCUGCAGCUAUUGUGUCGGUUCUACUUGCUUUGAUAGUCCUAUUCUUUUACACCAGAAAAUGGAAUCCAAGAUCUAGAGUUGCUGGAUCUACCAGGAAAGAGGUUACAGUUUUUACAGAAGUUGCGGUUCCUUUGACAUUUGAGAAUGUCGUGCGGGCUACAGGGAGCUUCAAUGCUAGCAAUUGCAUAGGAAGUGGAGGUUUCGGAGCAACAUACAAAGCGGAAAUCGCGCCAGGGUUCCUAGUGGCGGUAAAGCGACUUGCAGUAGGACGUUUCCAAGGGAUUCAGCAGUUUGAUGCAGAAAUCAGAACUUUAGGGAGGCUUCGACACCCAAACCUCGUAACUCUGAUAGGAUAUCAUAACAGUGAAACAGAAAUGUUUCUAAUCUAUAACUAUUUGCCAGGUGGCAAUUUGGAAAAGUUUAUUCAGGAGAGGUCUACGAGGGCUGUCGACUGGAGGGUACUUCACAAAAUUGCUUUGGACAUAGCCCGUGCACUUGCUUACCUGCACGAUCAGUGUGUGCCACGUGUGCUUCAUCGUGAUGUAAAGCCAAGCAAUAUCCUAUUGGAUGAGGACCAUACUGCAUAUUUAUCUGAUUUUGGUUUGGCUAGAUUGCUUGGAACUUCAGAGACACAUGCCACUACUGGUGUGGCCGGAACUUUUGGAUAUGUUGCUCCUGAAUAUGCCAUGACUUGUCGCGUAUCGGACAAGGCUGACGUGUACAGUUAUGGGGUUGUGUUGCUUGAGUUGAUAUCGGAUAAGAAAGCACUUGAUCCGUCGUUCUCUCCUUAUGGGAACGGGUUCAAUAUUGUUGCGUGGGCAUGCAUGCUUUUACGCCAGGGGCGUGCCAAGGAGUUCUUUACUGCGGGUCUAUGGGAUUCUGGCCCACAUGAUGAUUUGGUUGAGGUACUACACUUGGCUGUUGUCUGCACAGUUGACUUGCUUUCUACGAGACCUACGAUGAAGCAAGUAGUAAGACGGUUGAAGCAACUUCAGCCCCCGCCGUGUUAGCUUGCUGCAUAGCUUUGGAUAGGAUGGUUUAGCCCAAUUGUAAUUUUAUAAACUUGGCACUUGAUAGUAAGGUGUAUUUGGGUGUCUGUCUCCUACUAGGUUCAGAUUUCAAUUUGUAGCCAGCCUGCUUGUGAAUUUGUAGUAUAUAGCCAGCCUUUGCCCCCAUUUUUCCAUUGCCAUGUCCCUAAUUAGGGGGUGUGCAGAUUCAUCUGCAGAAGAGUGCAGAUACUUGUAUGCAUGUAUCCACAUUUUUAUUUGUUUGUUAAAUAAGAGCAAAAAGAUAGGGAGGAUUUCUACUA